UCUCUCACGUCCUGCCGGCUGUCGGAUCGGUGCGCGCCUCUCGGCCAUGGAGUCAAACCCCGACGCCGAGGAGGCGCACACGGUGCGCGAGGCGCUGGGCCGCUACGAGGCGGCGCUGGAGGGUGCGGUGCGUGCGCUGCACGAGGACAUGCAGGGGCUGCAGCGCGGCGUGGAGCGGCGUGUGGCCGAGGCGCUGCGCCUGGCCGGCCCCUUGGCUCGCACCGUGGCCGAACUGCAGCGGGACAACCAGCGGCUGCAGGCGCAGCUCGAACGCUUGACGCGCCAGGUGGAGGCUCUGGGCUUGGCGACUGGUGUGUCCCCUGCACCCGGCACGCCCAGUCCCCCUCCUGCGGCCGCAGUUACAGACCGGGCGCCCCGCCUGGGCACCGCUCGCUUCUCCAGCCACGCCACCUUCUCGCUGUCCGGUCGCAGCCAGAGCGUGGAACAGGAUGAAGCCGGUGAUCUCGAGGUGAGACGAACUUCGAACUCAUGCACCAUGGAGAAUGGACACCAGCUGGGUGCAGGUUCAGCCAAUGGAUCCCCAGAGGUCCAAACCUCCUCAGCCCCGGAGCCCCCUAGGCCGCGUCCUGUGAGCCUCUCCUUGCGGCUGCCCCACCAGCCGGUCACAGCUGUCACCCGAGUCUCUGAGAAAUUCUCUGGGGAAACCUCAGCUUCAGCUCUGUCACCCACAUCUGCUGCCAUUCAGGGGGCCUUCAGCCCCAGCCCUAGCGAGGCCAUCAGCCCCUGGACUCCUAGUCCAACUGAGAAAAAUUCCUCUCUCAUGCGGUCCUUGUCUGGCUCUGGGUAUGGAGCGGUGACAGCAGGCAAUCACAAGGACAGCCCUCCACUGGUGACCCCACCACAGUCACCCCCAUCCUCGCAGCCUCCAGCGAUGACUCAGGCCCCUCGCCAGGGAGAGCGUCGCAGGGAAUUGGUGAGGUCGCAGACACUGCCUCGUACCUCAGGGGCACAGGCUCGGAAGGCGUUGUUUGAGAAGUGGGAGCAGGAUACAGCAAGCAAGGGCAAAGGUGAGACCAGGGCCAAACUAAAGCGGUCACAGAGUUUCGGUGUGGCCAGUGCCAGCAGCAUCAAGCAGAUCCUGCUAGAGUGGUGCCGUAGCAAGACCGUGGGCUACCAGCAUGUGGACCUGCAGAACUUCUCCUCCAGCUGGAGCGAUGGCAUGGCCUUUUGUGCCCUGGUGCACUCGUUCUUCCCUGAUGCCUUUGACUAUAAUGCGCUGAGCCCCACCCAACGGCAGAAGAACUUUGAACUGGCUUUCACCAUGGCUGAGAACCUGGCCAACUGUGAGCGCCUCAUCGAAGUGGAGGAUAUGAUGGUGAUGGGCCGCAAGCCGGACCCCAUGUGCGUCUUCACCUACGUGCAGUCCCUCUACAACCAUCUGCGUCGCUUUGAGUGAAGCUGGCAGCCUGGAGAGGCCAGGAAGAAACGACUGUGGGGUCACUCAUGGUCCCCAAGGCAGCAUAACCUCCGGGGGCCUCUGGUGUGAGCUGCUGUUGGUUCUAUGGUGUGUGACCACUCGCCCCUCACACCCAGUUCCUGAUUAAAAGUAUUGAUGAGGCUAAACUGAGCCCCACAGCCUCUCACAGCCAAGGGCUCAAAGGAAAAACUCUAGAGUCAGAGAAAUUGGUGCUAAGCAAUGACCUUCCUGCAGGGGGCGCUAAUGUUUCCCUCUGGUGAAUUUGAUACAUUGGCUUGACAGGGUUCUACUGAUUAUCAAGUUUUCUUCUUCUUAUUUUCUUCUUCUUCUUCUUUUUUUUUAAAAUCAACAUACCCGGAGUUUUUUACUUCCUCAUACUGUUUUGGGAUCCUUUUCCCCCUCCCUCUGGGCCACUGCUAGGAAACAGACUCAAGUUUUUGGGAAGAAACAGUUUAAUCGCACCCACGUCCUGGGUGGCAGAUGACCGUUCUAUCACCUCUCCUCUGUGGGGAGGGGGCAGGGUGCCUACCUAGGUCCAGAGGGGCUCCUGGCAUCCCAGGAGAACCCACAAGUGUUCAGUUAAGAGAAGGUUACCUGGGCAGUACCAGGGAGGAAGGCUAGGAUCCUUCGAGCUGAGAGUUCCCAUUUGCUCCAGGUAUUUAUAAAAUCGUUUUUACCUGUACCACUAGCCUGUUUGUACAUAAAAGAUGUGUCAAACUUCGCUUGGGUUUGUUAUUUCUGUUUGGGAGAUGGGGACGAGGCUUGGGCAAUAAGAGACUGCAUAGAUUUAAACAAAGAUCUACUGAAAUCAUACCUUAAUUGUUUAUGUAUUUAAAACCACUUGCCUGGGAGGCUGAAAAAUGACAUCUGCUGUCUACUAAUGCGCU